AUGUCGAAAGAACUACUCCCCCCCUCGUUCAUUCACCAGAUCGACCUUGUUUCGGCGGAGAGUAGCAAGAUUGACAAGGUCAGCCUGUAUGUAGGCCGUGCUGAAAUUACCCGGUCGUUCAAGAUCGACGUCAAGACGGGGCAAAACCAAGUCAAAAUCUCGGAAUUGCCCACUGUACUCGACAAAGAUUCAUUGAGGCGAGUGAAGGUAGAAGGGCGGGGGCUAGCCACGAUCUUUGGUGUUACUGUUUCGGAUAAACACACGACUGCAGCGCUAUCACAGUCGCUACAGUCGCUGGAGGACCGGAGGGAAAUCACUCAGAAGGCGAUUGCUCGAUGUACAAAGGCCAUCGCGUCCAUCGAAGCGUAUCUUGCGACCUUAGACGCCCAAACCCUGGGAUCCGAACAUCUUGGGCCAUUGUUAGAUGCCUACGAAGCGCAAGCAGAGAAGCUAGAUCUCAAACUGCUGAAGUUGCAAGCGGAUUUCAAGGAGCUGGACAACCAAAUUUCGCAAGAACAUGCACUUUGGGCUGCUGAACAGCGGCGGCGUGGCCUUGUGAGCAAGAUGGCGACUAUUGACAUAUUUGUAGAGACUGAGGGCAAGGUCGAGCUCGUGCUGAUAUACGCCGUCGCCGGAGCUAGUUGGAGUGCCGUAUACGACAUUCGCGCCGACAUGUCAGGGGACAAUAACCCCCUCAAACUCGUAUACAAGGCGGGAAUCAAGCAGACCACGGGGGAGUCCUGGGACAACGUCUCGCUCACCUUGGAGACCGUCACACCGACGUUUAGCGCUGCUUUGCCCAGACUCGACUCAUGGCGCGUGGGUGUCUACAAGCGCCCUUUAACAUCGGAAACAUCCAUGCCAGUCUUUCGUCUCCAAUCGACGGGUAUGAGUGGGGAUAACAUAGGUGGAUGGGAUAGGGAGCGUUCUCGCAUCUCUAUCACGCAUCGCGAAACCGUUGUGGCGAACCAAGGGAACCUAAAUGCCUCAUUUCAAGUCCCAGGAUUCAUUACUGUGCCAAGUGACAACGAAGUACACACCGUCACCGUUGUUGAACUGCAGCUGGAGGCCACCAUGGCCUGGAUUGGUAUACCUAGGGCGGUACCUAAAGUUCAUAUCAAGGCCAAGAUCAAGAACGCCUCCAACUUCCCGCUGCUCAAUGGAAUAGCUAGUGUCUAUGUCGAUGGUAGCUUUGUCUCCAAGACCACUGUGCCCGAAGUCAGUCCUCAGGAAAGCUUCGAUUGUUCAUUGGGAGUUGAUCCUUCGAUCCGGCUGACGUAUCACCCACUCUCCAAGAAUUCGUCAGAGAAUGGUUUCUACAAUAAGUCCUCUAGCCACACGUACUCUCAGCAUAUCACCGUUCACAACACCAAGAACAUCACCAUUCGCGACUUGACUGUCAUCGACCACAUCCCGCUUUCAGAAGACUCCCAAGUGACCAUCAAACUCAUAAACCCCGCAUUACCCCCUCCUCCAGCGGCCUCAUCGGCCAUGAGCAGCAUGAAGAUCGUAAAGAGUGAGAAAGCACCGGCACCGCUCAAAGUAGGGGAAAACGUCGUCGCGCAAUGGGAUGGAGGGGAUGAUCCUCAAGACGAUGUAAGUGCCAUUGGUCGAGAGGGAAGGAUUGCGUGGAAAUGCGUAAUGACGCCUCAAAGCAAAGUUAACAUCGCUCUGGUUUGGGAGGUCAGUGCUCCGGCAAAUAUUACAAUCACUGGGUUGUAA